AUGAAGACCGAAGCUGCAAUUGCCGGUCUGCUCUCUUUGGCUGGUGUAGCCGGCAUCACCUCAGCAGAGCCAUCGUGGCACAACCUCGCCAUCACCGUACCGCGAUACGGACGCUAUCUCACACGCACCGUCUCCGAAGAACCCUUCUUCUGGCAAGCGGACACCGCGUGGAAACUUGUGCAUCGUCUCAACAAGACGUCCAUUGGAUUUUACCUAAAAACUCGAGCCGAACAAGGCUACAACGUCGUCCAGACCGUUCUGGUAUCCGAACUGAAUGGUACCACGCGCUCGAACUUCUACGGCGACCUCCCGUUUAGCAACUCUGACCCAACUCAGCCGAACGAUGCGUACUUCGAAUUGGUGGACUGGACUGUCGACUUAGCUGCAAGCUACGGCAUUCUCAUGGCCUUGGUGCCUACGUGGGGCAUGUAUGUAAACGGAGGCUGGCACAGUACCACCCCUAUUUUCAACGAAUCGAACGCGUACGACUGGGGCAAGUACAUUGGAGAACGUUACCCUGGUCUACCGAAACUUCUGGGCGGAGACUCUAACGUCAUGUGGUCCUGGAACAUAUCGGAGGUCCAGGCUGCGUACGCAGAAGACCCGGACCAGGACUUACCCUCUCUCCUGGCCCCGAUCGAAGACACCUCAGCCGUAUGGGCGAGCAUGAACCGUGGUCUAAAGGAAGCCGAGCGUGCGCAAGGCUACGAGUCGGUCGUGAUCUACCACCCAGCGGCUGGCUGGAUCGUGAAGCCUGAAGUCACCCCGGAGGCCUAUGGACACAACGUGUUGCCUAACGAACAAGACCGCAUGUCUAUUGAUGCUGUGCAAUCCGGUCAUGCUACACCAGACCCGACCUCUAAGUUCACGCCUACUAUUGGCUGGGAUUCGACCAAGAACUACGACCUGAUUGCCAACAUGAGAGACCGCUCCACUGGGCCUGUGAUUGACCUGGAAAACCACUACGAAGGAGCUCACGACAGCUUCAACUUGGAGCGUCAGAUCUGGAAUUCCUCUCAAAUUCGAACGGGUCUGUACCAUGGUGUGUACGGCGGUGCCUGUGGGUUUACGUACGGUGCCAACAGUGUGUGGCAGAUUCCCAGCAGCCACACGGGCAAGUCGGUCAACACCUACGAGGGCACGCGCUACAUCUCCGUGCUGGCUACGAAGAACCGGGACCGCUACUACGUGUACACGGGUCACGGAGACUCGUUCGCGCUGCAGCUGGACAACGGAUCUGGUGCUCGUUUCGGCACUGCUCGGUGGUUCUCCCCUCGUGACGGCCAGUACUAUGCGGAUGCUGCGAUUAGUGUUCUGGAGAGAGGCAACGCCACGCACAUUGACUUCACUCCUCCUUCGGGCGGCAGCAUCGACGACGACUGGCUUCUGGUGCUCGAGUUCUAA